AAACACACAAGCUCCUCACGUCAAUACUCGAGGAGCCGGCAACAUGUGGAGGUGUGUAGUGCUGCUAUCUAUCUGUUGGGUGGGACUAGCCACGGCUAGAUCUCAUAUGGAUUGUGGACCAAAUGAAACCUUUAAUAGUUGUGUGAAUGAAUGCCCCCCAGAAAAAUCUUGUGCCACUCGUAUAGAACAUGUAUUUUGUGUAGGAUUUCCAAUAUUCUGUGCAGCAAAAUGUGUAUGCAAAGAGGGCUACUACAGGAGGUUUGAGGACGGGGAGUCGGAGUGUAUAUCAGAUGAAGAGUGUGGACCAGCUUGUGGCGCAAAUGAGGAGUACACGGAGUGCAGAAACCCUUGUGUGAACGAAAGCUGCGCAGCAAUGGGAAGUCUGAAACCAAACUGUACUGAAACCUGUGAACCAGGAUGUCCUUGCAAAGAAGGCUUCUUUAGAUUACACAACUACUGGCCUUGUAUUCCUAAAUGUUCUUGUGAUGAGUUGCGAGAUACACCCGAGUGUAGAAGUUAUUGUGGACCAAAUGAAAUCUUUAACAGUUGUGUGGAUGAGUGCCCCCCAGAAAAAGCUUGUGCUACUCGUAUAGAAGGGGUAUUUUGUGUAGGAUUUCCAAUACUCUGUGCACCAAAAUGUGCGUGUAAAGAGGGCUACUACAGGAGGUUUGAGGACGGGGAGUCGGAGUGUAUAUCAGAUGAAGAGUGUGGACCUACUUGUGAUCCAGAUGAGAAGUACACGGAGUGUGCAAACCAUGUCGAUGACAGCUGUACUGCAAUGGGAAGUCCGAAACCGAAUAGCACUGAGCCUUGUGUACCGGGAUGUGUCUGCAACGAAGGGCUCUUUAGGCUCUACAACAACGGGCCAUGCUUACCUAGACGAUAUUGUCAAGAGUUAAGCGUAGAACGUCCGCUCGAUAAAGAUAAAUAUGAGCAGCCACAAGCCGGGCUCUUCAAUACUCGAGGAGCCGGCAACAUGUGGAGGUGUCUAGUAUUGCUGUCUGUCUGUUGCGUGGGACUAGCUGCGGGGCAGGGACUUCUCGGCAGGCCUAUUCCAUCUUCAGUUCCUAUGGAAUGUGGACCAAAUGAAAUCUUCAAUGACUGUGUACCAGAAUGCCCUCCAGAAAAGACUUGUGACACUCGUAAAGAAUAUGUCGCUUGUCUAGCAAUCUCAAUACUCUGUUCCUCUAAGUGUAUAUGUAAAGAGGGUUACUACAGGAAGACUGAGGGUGGGGAGUGUAUAUCAGAUGAGGAAUGUGGACCAGCUUGUGGCGUUAAUGAGGAGUACACGGAGUGCAAAAAUCCUUGUGUGGACGAAAGCUGCGCAGCAAUGGGGAGUCUGAAACCGAACUGUACUGAACCCUGUGAACCAGGAUGUGCUUGCAAAAAAGGGUUCUUUAGAUUACACAACUACUGGCCUUGUUUUCCUAGAUGUUAUUGUCAUGAGUUACGAGAUGCACCCGAGUGUAGAGGUUAGGUAAAUUAAACCCGUAUUAAGGGCCGUCCAUAAAUUACGUCAUAUGUUAAGGGGUAGGGGACGACGAAGUGUGACAUUGUGUGACAAGGGGUAGGGAGGGAUUCUAAACUUUGUGAUGUCACAUUAAAAAAAAUAUUA